AUGCCUCACCAUCCUUCCGAAGAGAACACCCAAUCCCACGUCUUUGACCGAGUUGCCAAAGAAUCCUCCAACUCGACAGCCUCUGGCCAUACCCUUCACAAGGACAAUGAAGGUCCAUUGAAGCAAGCAACUGCCGACCAUCACAAAAGCAAGGGUCCACAACUCUCAGACAACAUGCCCGAGGCAGCAAGCAAGGACGAGUUAAGGGCAAGGGCACAAGAGAUGAACAAGUAA